AUGGCCUCGGGACAGCUCCGGUCCUCAGCACUUGACUUCCAAGGUCAGCCUGGGCCCCUGAGCCUCCGCCUCCAUCUUUUCCUGCUGCUGCUGCUACUUUCAGCCAGACCCAUGGACCCCCGUAGCCUGAAGCCGUCACUGUCCCCAGUGCUACAAAACCGGCCCUUUCUGGUGGUGUGGAAUGCUCCCACCUCCCGCUGCCGUACGGCCUUCGGUCUGCCCCUGCCCCUUGAGCCCUUUGGGGUGGUAGCCAACGACCAGGAGGUCUUUGCUGGUGGCAACAUCACCAUCUUCUACCAGCAUCAACUAGGGCUAUACCCACACUACCAGGCAGCCCCAGCACCAGUGCCUCUGCCAGUGCAUGGUGGCUGCCCACAGAAUGCCAGCCUCCGUGCCCACCUGGAUGCCAUGGAACGCGACCUGGAGGCAGCCAUCCCCUCCCGGGCCUUCUCUGGCCUUUCUGUCAUUGACUGGGAGACCUGGCGUCCGCUCUGGGUCCGGAAUUGGGACAAGAAGGGGGUCUAUCGCACCAUGUCCGCUCAUCUGGUGCGCCAGCGCUACCCCACCUGGCCCCAGGGUCGGGUGGAACUCCAAGCCCAAUGGGAGUUCGAGACAGCAGCUGCCCGCUUCAUGUCAGAGACUCUGCGUCUGGCAAGGGCACGGAGGCCGGGGGGUUGGUGGGGCUACUACCUCUUCCCUGACUGCUACAACUACCACUACUGGGUGGACUUUGAAAACUUCACAGGGCACUGCCCGGGCAUCGAACGACAGCGCAACAAUGCCCUGCUCUGGCUGUGGGAGCAGAGCCGGGCUCUGUACCCCUCCAUCUACCUGGAGGAGGUGCUGCGAGGCUCGGCCCAGGGAGAGCGCUUUGUGAGGGCCAAAGUGUGGGAGGCCCUGAGGGUAGCCGAGCUGCCCCCCUCUGCCAGCUACUCACUGCCAGUCUUUGUCUAUGCCCGACCCUUCUACUCCUAUACCCUGAAGGAGCUGGCACAGGUUGACCUGGAGCACACCAUUGGUCAAGCAGCUGCCAUGGGAGCCCAGGGAGUGGUGCUCUGGGGGGAGGCAGACUACGCCAGGAACCAGAGCACCUGCUUAAAGAUGCACCAUUAUCUGCUGAGCAGACUGGGCCCUUACGUGCUAAAUGUAACCACAGCAGCCACCCUCUGCAGCCGGACCCAAUGCAACGGACACGGACGCUGCCGCCGUCGGAUCCCCGACUCGCCCACCUACCUGCACCUGGAGCCAGGCACCUUCCAGAUCCACGUGGCCACGGCAGCCAACCAAACCCAGGCUUCCAUUCGAGGCCGACUGGGCCCCAGGCAGCGGGAGGCCCUGGGCAGGGACUUUAUCUGUCACUGCUACCAGGGCUGGCAGGGGGACAGGUGCCAGGAAAGCAGCCAGACUCGGGAAGCACCUUCCUUGUCCCUGCUGCUUCUAGCUGCCAGCCUUGGGAGGCUCUGGGCAUGGACUCUGUGA